CGCGCGAGCAGCGCAGUUGCACUCGGUGAAUUGUCUCUAUCACACAAUUCACAAGCUGGAUGUCUCGCGUACAGAAUAAUGUACUCCAAGGCGAAGUGAGUAAUUAGGCCAAACGGUAAGACUUGUUCAGUGUUCACUCAUCGCAGUGUUGGCCAAAAUAGCUCAGCUGUGUGGCACUCUGAUUUAUCCGGCGACGUGGUAACCAAGAAUUGCCAACUCCAAAUAGGAAGUAUCGUGAUCGCUAGGGAAGAGCCCACCUCGACCGGCUCGACGGUCCCGAUCGACUAUCUCAAUUUACCCUUGUUCGUGACUAGAGGAGAUGACCUCGUAGGCUCGUACGUUUACACUUUUGGAUUGACCUGAACAGAGACAAUAUGGAGUACCCCAGUAUAUAGUAUGUAGCUUCAACCAAGCGCAUCCCUGAUCCCUCUUCUCGUACCAAUUCUGCUCCAAAUGGUAAGGAAGAUGACAUUCCCCGAUGAGAUCAUAGCCAACAUCCUGACACGGCUACCGCCCAAGGAGCUCGUCCGCGCGCGAGUCGUGUGCAAGCAAUGGCACGCCUUGACGUCGGAACACCUCUUCAUGCACACAAACCUCCUGCGCACCAACGCCGGUCACCCCGUCAUCGCCGGCUUCUUCCUCAACGACGAGAUCCACGAGACGUUCAGCUACAACCCCCUCCUCCGAGGCUAUUCCAGCCCCGACCUCUCGUUCAUCCCGACCACCGCCGACACGGCUAACUCCGAGACCUACGUCACCAGCUCCUGCCACGGGCUUCUCCUCUGCCGCCGCCGUCGACGCAUCGACGGCGAGCUUGGCGUGUACAGAGCACGGCACUACGUCUGCAACCCGGAAACCAUGGAAUUCUUCGAGGUUGACGUCCCGGCCGGCGCCGGUGGCGCCGGCCAAUAUCUGAACCUCGCCUACGACCCGUUGAAGUCGCGGCACCAGUACAGGAUCGUCGCGCGCGGGCACGACGGCAUCCGCGUCUACUCCUCCCGGACACGUUCUUGGCGCACGGCGGUCCGGUACGACGGCCGCUGCCGCCGCAGCCCGUUCGCGGGGCUCCGCCACCCGCGUGGCGUCUUCUGGAACGGCUCGCUGGUGUGGGCGAUGCUGUCGCCUCGCCUCCUCCGCUUCGCCAUCGACAGCGGGGAGCUGAGCGAGAUGCCGCUGCCGCCGAGGCUGCGGUCCGAGGGCUGGUUCCACGCCGGGUGGGUGUACGCCUACGUCGGCGAGUCCGGCGGCCGGCUGCAGGUGAUCGGGUACACCGACGAGGAGAGGCGGGCCGCCUGCUUCGACGUGCUGGAGAUGCGCGACGACGAGGAGGGGGAGUGGACGGUGCUGUACCGCGUCGACCUGACGCGGGUUAAGGAGCUCUACGACCCCGGCGACGACGACGGCGCGCGCGUGGCGAGGGUGACGCUGGAGCACUUCUCGUGGGGAGGCGCGCCGCUGCACGUCGUGCGGGGGCCCGGGGAGGCGGGGCGGCACGGCGUGCUGUUCUUCAGCGUGCCCGGGAAGAUCGCGUGCUACGACGCCGAGAGCCGGGCGGUCUCGGUGGUCUGGCAGGACACGGCGACGACGUCGUCGCCGAAACACUUACUGUCUUACACGUGGUUCAACUUUUAUGCCUACACUCCGAGCUUUCUUCGUUUAUAGGAUACCAAUUACCAAGCGUCCGUUUUACGAGUCGA